AGGAGCCCACGUGGUCGAGUCCACCCCACAUGGCGGCGCUCCUGAGGCGGCUGCUGCGGCCGGGCAGGCCCCUGGCGGCCUUGGGCCGCUCGUUGGGACGGCGCGAGGCCAGCCUAGGCAUUGACCCCGGGGCUGCGGUGCGAGUGCGGUUCGCUCCCAGCCCCACAGGCUUCUUGCACCUGGGCGGCCUCCGCACUGCCCUGUACAACUACAUCUUUGCCAAGAAGCAUGGAGGUAGCUUCAUUUUGCGGCUGGAGGACACGGACCAGACCCGCCUUGUGCCUGGGGCAGCGGAGAAUAUUGAGGACAUGCUGGAGUGGGCAGGCAUCCCGCCUGACGAGAGCCCGCGCCGGGGAGGCCCUGCUGGGCCCUACCUGCAGUCCCAGCGGCUGGAGCUGUACGCCCAGGCCGCAGAUGCGCUGCUGCGGACGGGCGCCGCUUACCACUGCUUCUGCUCCCCGCAGCGGCUGGAGCUGCUGAAGAAGGAGGCCCUGAGGAGCCGGCAGACGCCCCGCUAUGACAAUCGGUGCCGGGACCUGAGCCCGAGGCAGGUGGCCGAGAAGCUGGCCAAGCACCCCAAGCCCGCUGUCCGCUUCCGGCUGGAGGAGGAGGCGCCAGCCUUCCAGGACCUGGUGUACGGCUGGAAUCGGCACGAGGUGGCCAGUGUGGAGGGGGACCCGGUCAUCCUGAAGAGCGAUGGCUUCCCCACGUACCACCUGGCCUGCGUGGUGGACGACCACCACAUGGGCGUCAGCCAUGUGCUGCGGGGCUCGGAAUGGCUGGUGUCCACCUCUAAGCACCUGCUCCUCUACCGGGCCCUGGGUUGGCAGCCGCCGCGCUUCGCCCACCUGCCGCUGCUGCUCAACAGAGAUGGCAGCAAGCUGUCCAAGAGGCAGGGCGACAUUUUCCUGGAGCGCUUUGCCGCCGCCGGCUUCCUGCCGGGCGCCUUGCUUGACAUCAUCACCCACUGCGGCUCGGGGUUCGCAGAGAACCAGAUGGGCAGGACCUUGCCAGAGCUGAUCGCGCAGUUUGACCUGACCCGGAUCACCAGCCACUCUGCCCUGCUAGACCUGGAGAAGCUCCCGGAGUUCAACAGGCUGCACCUCCGCCGACUGCUGGGUGACGCGACCCAGAGGCAUCAGCUGGUGCAGAAGCUGCAGGUGCUCGUGGGCGAGGCGUUCGGGAGCCAGCGGCCGGACAGCGCUGUCCUGGACCCCGCCUACGUGGAGAGGGUCAUCCUGCUGAGACAGGGUCACAUUUGCCGCCUGCAGGACUUGGUGUCGCCAGCACACUCGUACCUGUGGACUCGCCCGGCCGUGGGGCGAGCAGAGCUGGGCGCCCUCUCAGAGAAGGUGGACGUGAUCGCCAAGCGCGUGCUGGGGCUUUUCGAAGGACCCGCUAGGAGCUUAACUCAGGACAAACUGAACGCAGAGCUGAAGAAGCUGUCAGACGAUCUGGAAGGCACCAAACACAGUCACGUGAUGAAACUCCUCCGCGUGGCCCUCAGUGGACAGCCGCAAGGACCCCCUGUCGCCGAGAUGAUGGUGUCCUUGGGACCCAAGGAAGUGCGGGAGCGAAUACGGAAGGCGCUGUCCAGCUAACAGGGCAAACGGCGGCGGAGCUGGCCCUGGGAACCUGUGCGCGUGGACGCUGCCUUUGGGACUGGGUGGCAGGUCGCCCUGGGCCGGCAAGGAGCUGGAACUAGGACCCAGAGCGGGGACAGUCUGGGCGCAUGCAGGUGCACUGACACCACCGGAAGCCGGUCCCAUUUCACCCCGAGUCCCGGGGGAAGGCCUGGGUCUCAUCCUGGCUCUGCGCCCGCAGCCCGCAGCGGGGGUUGGGAGCCCAUUCUCAGAGUGGCCCACGCAGCUCGUGUCUCGGUGUGUUCAGGCUACAGCAUACUGCAGUCGGGGUCGAGGGGCCUCAAACAGCAGAAAAUCAUUUUCUGAUUUCUGGAGGCCGGAAGCCCAACAUCAAGGUGUUCGCAGGCUUUGAUGCUCAUGAGACCUCUCCUUGGCUUGCCAAUGGCUGCUUUCUGCUGUCCUCACGGUCACCUCUCUGUAUCCUUAGUACCUGUGUGCAAACGUCCUCUUUGUACGAGGGUGAGGUGGGAUGGACGCCCACCCUAACGGCCCAGUUUGACCUCACUCACCUCUUUAAAGGCCCAGCUGCAAGGAGGCCCCAUUCUGAGAUGCCGGGGUGGGGCUGCGACCCCUGGGUUUUGAGGGAACACACCGGAGCCCGUCACAUGUGGCAGCAGCCCAGACUCGUGGAUUCCACUUCUCAGGCCCCCAUUGGACUUGGAGCAAUCGAGGGUGAUCGACGAGCAGGGCGGAACUGGACGCCAGACUGCCUUUGGGGCUACGAGGAGAGGGCCCCCACCUGCCGAGGGGCAGCACACACGUCUCACACUGCUCUGUCCUUGCACUUGGGUGGCUUGUGUCUCCCUCCCCGAACACCUGUCUGUUCCUCUCUUCCAGCUCUCCAGACCGGUCCUCGGACUGGAGACCUUCACUCUGCCUGUUCUGCAUCUGUUUCUUCAUAUCCGCCUCCUGUAAGUCAAUGUCUGUGGGCUUCCGACGUGAGGUGUGCUUGGGGUGGAUAGGAACGGCUCAGGUGAAGGAGGGUGGUGGCUGGCGGCCGAGACUCCUCCAGGGCUCCCAGGUCACCCCCGCCCCAUGUGGCAGCCAACCUCAGAUGGCCCAGCUCUCGCCCCUCUUGAAAUCAGGUCGAACGGGCUGACUGCUGACACGGAGUGGCUUCCAUCUUGUCCCCCGGGUCCCUCUCUGCAGGGAGCUGGCUUCCACAUCACACAGACCUCAGGCAGCCCUGUGGAGAUGCAGUGUGGCACCCUCUUGCCAGUGAGGCCUCCCUCAUUGGCCAGGGCAGUGCCUGGCUUGGGCUCGGUCCUCUAGCCCCAGACCAGCCUUCAGGUGGCCACACCCUGGCUAGUGUCACGGGCCACCGCCACUGAGCGAAGCUGCUCGAGUGUCUGAUACGCUGACUGGGAGAUGACCCAUGUCCACUGUUUAAAGCCACUGGCUUUGGGGUCAUCGUCACCCAGCAAGAGAGCAAACACGCGCGCUCAUCCGGGGCCAGAAGGGGACUCAGGAACUUGUCACGCUUUGUGGAGACCUCAUCUUUGCUUUAACGGUGUAUUGGUUGAAGCUCUUUGCUCGCACGGUGGGAAGCCAGGCCGCCUGCGUACCUGUGUGGAGACUGUGGCCUCCUGGACGGUCUGAUUUCGUAGGAGUCUUAGUCUGUGGGAGAGCCAGAGGCCUGACGGGAAGCCAGAGACCAGGGCUGGAGAAGAUGGGCCUGGGACCCGGGGCCCCGGCUGUGCCGGCAGCAGGGACGGGCGGAAGUCCGCAGGAAGGAAGUGCGCCUGUUCCCCGUGGCUGCUCCCUGUCCGCGUUCUCCCCUCGGUGCCGCAUGACUGGGCCGAAGGUUCUCGAGGAAGAGCAGAGUCUGGUGGCCUGAUUGAGGUCACGUGGCCAUUCCUCCCCAGGCGUAGGGGGUCCCUCGGGGUGAUAGCCAGUGGAGGAAAAGUCGUUCCCAAGGAAAUCGAGAGUGCUUUUUCCAGGAAAAGGGAUGGUGGAGAUGGGGACACAGAAUAGUACCCGUGGUUUACGGUGCGUUUACGUGAGGCACGGCCAUGUCUGGGGUGCAAGUCUCGCUGGCAGACACUUUAGCCCAUUGUCACAUUGGGUCUUCACAACCCCAUGAGAGAGAUGUCGUCGUCGUCGUCGUCGUCGUCAUCAUCAUCGUCUCUAUGUUAUAACAGGGAGACUGAGGUUCAGGAAAGCUAAUGAGCUCUUCUGAGGCAAAGCGAGGAUUUAAACUCAGACCUAAUGCAGUCCAGGGUCCAAGCUCAGCUUUCAACUCCUGGGUGGCGUCAGAGCCCGCGCCCCUAGUGUGCGGGACAGUUGCGAGAAGCUGGCUCGGGCCGGGGAGUGUGAUGCUCACGCACAGCGCGGUCGAGAUCCGGAGCUGUCACUGCCUCAGGUGGCGCGACGCGUCUGAAAAGCAGCGUGCACCUUCCACACUUUUUAUUUGUUUGUCUGUUUUUUAAAGAAAAACCACACUUAAAAUACGCACACGUCCAUCCCCCGGCAGAUCUGAGACCAGAGUGUGGCGACAAGGGCCAUGGGAACCAGCCCUGCCGUUUACUGUGUGGCUUCCGAGCCUCCGUCUCCCCGUCUGUAAAAUGGGGAUAACAUUUGUACCCGUCUCAAAGAACCGUGAGGAUGGAAAUGGAUACGUAUAAAGUUCGUAAAACAGAGCCCGGCACUUGACGAAUGUUAUCUGGCUCCACUGCUUCCGCCACGGCAGCUCAUUCUUCGAAAUGGGGAUCUUGCUUGUAAGGCGUGGACACACACCCAGGCAGACGAUGAAGGGGCUUCACUGGGGGGAUUCGGAUUCUCGCGGAUCCAAAGGGCAGGGCUUCCAGCUGACGUCACGGGAGACAGGCACCUGUCCCUGGGAGCCGUCGGGGCCCGAGGUGCUCCCCUUCGCCCCGCAGACCUCCCCCUCCAACACGUGUCUCUCUCUGUCUGCUUUCCUUCCUCUUUCUCUUUCUCUCUACAGCCCUCCAGCUGAGCCAUCUCUUCUCCUGCCAUCCACUUAAAUAGCUAGAAUUCCACGUCCAACCUCCCAGGCGAGGAUCCGAUUGGCCCAGCCUGGGUCAGCCGUCUGCCCUUGGUCCAGUCACCUGGCCGGGGUCCAGUCCUGUAAUGAGAUCGUGACGGCAGGGAACUCACUCUCAGGAGUGUACUCCGGGCGUGCUCUUCCCGGUGCAGUUACAGAGCGUCCUUUCUAGGAGACGACCACUCUUCCAUGGCAAAUUUGGAGACUCAUUCACACAGCCCUUGGCCUACCUUACUGUUUGCUCCUUGUUACCACCGCAUCAAAUUCUGUGGUGUAUUUGCGCAUGGUUACUGUAUCUUUAACGAGUAUAAGAUUAAAAGAUUGGCAGAAG